AUGGCGGAGAUCAAGAAGUACACGUUCGCUGAAGUUAAGACACGUAACGGUCGUGGCAAGAAUCCAGUCUGGAUAGUGUACAAAGACUCAGUGUAUGACGUCACUUCUUAUAUACCAGAGCAUCCAGCGGGAGACGUCAUCUUAGAAGAGGCUGGACAAGAUGCGACGAAGGCCUUCGAUGAUUCCGGACAUUCAAAAUCAACUUACAAAAUGUUAGAGCAAUACAAAAUAGGAGAAAUUGUUGACGCGGAAAGGAAAUACGACGCAAACGGUAAAAAGAUAAAACGUGUGAUCGAAGCAAAACCAGAAGAAAGUAAUAGGAAGAGUUGUAUGAACAUUAUAACCUGCGGAUUACUUGGAUGA